AUGCAAGAAGAAGCGAAAAAAAUGGCAGAAAAGUUAGAAAAACUUAAGUAAAAUUUGAAUUCUUAAAGGAUGGAAAGAUCUUAAAUAAGCAAAUAAUCAGGAGAUUAGAUAGAAAGUGUAAGAUGGUAAAACAAUACAACUCCAAAUAAUCGAAUACUUAAGGAUAGGCCACCUUCUAGUAAGUCAGAGCCUAUAGAAACAUUUUUGAAAUCAAUCAAAUUAGACACAUAUGUCGAAAAAUUUAAAGAAAAUGGAUUUGAAGAAUUAGAUAUCCUUUUUGACAUACAAAAAGAAUAAUUACAAUCAAUGGAAAUACCAUUAGGUCACUAAAUUAGAUUAAUAAAGAAAAUUAGAGAGCUUAAAUAAUCAGUAGAAGUGAAUUAAGUUGUCAUAUAAAAUGAACUUAAAUAUGAUUAAUUAGAAGAACCAUCUAUUGACUUGAGUUUCACUAAAUUUAUGCAAAAAUCAAGCCUUAGAAAUGAAGAUCAAAAUAUUGUUAAAAAAGUAACUUUUCAAUAAAACAACAACUAAGAAGAGGAUUAACAAAUUAAAUUAUUUUUCGCUAAUCCUUUAUCUUGA